UAUAAAAUCGGUUGCUAGGGUCAUUUCGCUUCAGUCACUGCUCCGUGCGGAUCAGCACUCCUGCAUUUAGAUUCAAUUCUUCUCUUAAAGAACUUGAAUUUAUUUUCAUAUUAGGUUUUUAUUAACCUAAUAGCCUAACUGACUUUAUUCCCAGCCAAUUGGAUAAAAGGAUAUUUACAAAACAUUUCUACCAUGGGCCGAUUAGACGAUCGAGUUAAAUCAAUUUGGAGGUCUGCUGAUGCUGUAUGCUUUGAUAUAGAUUCUACAGUCUGCACUGAUGAAGCCAUUGACGAACUAGCAAAGUUUGUUGGACGAGAAAAAGAAGUGGCUGAAUUAACUCAGCAGGCCAUGAGAGGUAAUCUCUCCUUCCGUGAAGCUUUGGCCAAGAGACUUGAAAUCAUUAAACCAUCGGUGUAUAUUAUGAGAAGGUACCUGGAAACAAAUCCACCAAAACUGACUCCUGGGAUUAGGGAAUUAGUGUCUGCUCUUCAUGAGAGAAAAAUCCCUGUGUAUCUUAUAUCUGGAGGUUUUGAUACCAUUAUACAAACAGUAGCAGAUGAGCUGAAUAUUCCUCACAGUCAUAUCUUUGCAAACAAGAUAAAAUAUUAUUUUGAUGGUGAAUAUGCUGGAUAUGAUGAGGACUGUCCUACAAGUGAACAAGAUGGCAAAGCACAAGUUAUUGCAUACUUGAAACAUCGUUAUGGAUAUCAGAGGCUUGUUAUGAUUGGAGAUGGAGUUACAGAUCUUGUGGCAUCACCACCAGCUGAUCUUUUCAUUGGUUUUGGUGGGAACCAGAUAAGAGAAAAGGUUCGAAAGAAUGCAAAAUGGUUUGUUACAAGUUUUGAUGAACUUACAAAAGAGCUUAAAUGGAAAUGAUCUGCACUAACUAUUUUUGCUAGAGCUAACCUAGAAAAGGUUAUGAAUCUGCACAUUCAAGAAAACAGUAUCAUUUGAAGAAAGCAUCUCUUUUCAUUUUUCAUUUCCUGAUAUGUUAUGCAAAUGAAGCACAAAGAUUGCCCCGGGCUACAGAGUAGGAGGAGAUACAGAGAUGAAGUCUGUGAAAUAAAGUUGUGAUGGAUCAAGGGUGAAAUUGACCAAAUUUUGUUACAAAUGGCAGAAUGUUUAGUUGAAAUGUGGAAUUUCAUUGAAAAUUAUUUUUUUUUUUUCUGGAACUUUGUGCUAAGUUCAAAUAUGUAUCAAAAUGCUUUCUUAAGUUAUUUUUCAUUCUGUAAAUAUUAAUUGCAUUCAUUUUUUUUUUUUUUUUUUUUUUACUUUUUUCAGACUGCAGAAGAAUCUGCAAAUGUGCAUUAUAUUAAAGCUCUAUAAAUGGCUCAAUUUUAGAUUUUUUUGUGAAAAGUGUAUCAAGAAUGAAAGAACUAUUUAAUUACAAUAACUAGACAAAACAAUCAGUACUAAUUUUUGAAAAAUUAUACAUUUGUCUAGAUAAGCAUAUUUUUUUCUAAAAAAAUUUUCUAGCUGAAUUUUUCUCAGAAGUGAUCUUAUACAAAAAGGUGAAAAUGUACAACUGGAAAAGAGGGAUUUUUUUUUUUUUUUUUUUUGUUUGCUGGAAAUUCAUAAACCAGAAGACAUGCAUAUAUUUCUUUUCUACUAACUUUGUUUAAGGUGGUCCCAUAAGAACUCUACACUGCUAUAAUCUAUUUUAUCAAUAAAAUAAAGUUUUUGCUGUUAAUGAUUUUCUAUAGAAAAUAGUUAAGCUUUAUUCUCACUUUUACUCAUUAGUAAAAUAACUUGCACAGGGAAUUGUAGAAAUUAGAAGUAGUGAUAGUUUGAUAGCUUCUUCUAACUAAUAGAAAGCUUCAAGGUAAUAUCAAAAUAUUUAAGAGAUUUUCACCUAGUUGAUAUAAUUGUUCCAUUUUCUUUGUUCAGAAUGGGUGAAAUCCAAAUAAGGUAUUACUUGGACCAUCUUAAACAGAUUAGGAAAUUAUAUAAUUUUAAUUUUAUUACUAUUUUAUAUUGAUUUUAAAUGCAAUGUUAAAAUUUUCUGUUUAAUUUGUUCAGUUUUAAAAUGAUAAUUUUAUAUUUCAAAUGAGUCUAGAGCUUUUUUAUUUAAUUUUUGGUAGCUUGGAUGUUGUGCGAGUAAUGUAAACCGUGGAGAUUUUAUAUCUCAGCAUUUUUAAAAAGAAAACUUUUGAAGUUAAAGUUUUGCAAUAUUUAAUCAUGUAGUAUCAAAUGGCAAAAAAUGAAAUUUCAAUAUGAAGUUUUUCAUAUCCAUUAAUAGAAUUAAAAAUUUGAGACAGUUGUAUGAUCAAUCAACAUGAUUUUAUUAUGUAAAGGAUCAUUACAUCUUUUUAUGAGAAGAAAUAUCAGAAAAUUGAUUAAAAUAACGUGAAAAACAGAGGAUAAUUGUUAUUAUUGCCUGAAAACAUCUUUCAAGAAAACUCUAUUUUUACUGAAAAGCAAAAAUGGAGAGUAUUAAUAAGAAUGUCCUCAUAGAAGGUUAUAUAUUGAACUGCAUAAUAUAUUGCAGUGUUUUAUAAUGUAAUGGAGAAAUGUAAUAAAAGUAUUGGUCUGUUUAAAAAUAUAACCUUUUAGUACCCAUUAAAAAUUGUUUAAUCUGUUAAUUUUUAUUUGCUUUUAAGAAAUUUAAAUUAUCCCAAAUUGUUAACAUUAUGGGACUUUUUUUUCUUUCUUUUUACCAUAUAACAUGGUAAACAGUUUUCUUUUAAAUGUUUAUUGAAAUAUUUUCUGCUACAUUUCUCCACAUUACUUAUUUUAUAAAGAUGGUUGAAUUGAUUUUAAAUUUAUCUUGAAAUAAUAUUUUUGGAUAAAAAUGUUACUAAAAUUUUCUGUAACAUAUGAAUAUUUAUGUCUUUAAUAAUGAUGAUUUCACUUAUAAAACAUAUUCUUUUCAACUUCUGUUUAAAUUCUUAUCUCAGAACAAUUAAAGGCAUUUGUUAUGCAUUUUUCUUCUGAAUUAAGAAUUGUUUAUAAUGUUUAACUUCUGAAGCACAUUAAUGCAUCUGAAAUCCUGCCAUAAAUUUAAUGUCAUUAUUUUAUUAUUCUAAUUGUUGAACAAUGCAGUAGCCUUAUUUAUGAUAUGGUUGUAUAUGUUGGGGGGAGGGGCAUGAUUUCAUUAUAAUUCUAGAAUCUAAAUCUGCUUGUAAUUAAAAAGUGAUAAAAUUAAUGUUGAAAAUUGCAGAUUUUUAGAUUAAGUUUGUUGUAUCAAAUGUAAUUGUAGUAUAUAUUGAGCAUUGAUUGAUGAUUAUUUUAAAUAUAGAAUUAUUAAACAAAAGAAAAAAUUCUGUAUUAUUUAUGGUAUUUACAAAAAUAUUGGUGCAAUGCAAUUUUAGUUUAUAUGAAUUUCACAUUAUUCAUAAAUUUCUGCUCUUGCAAAAUAUCUAGAGAAGAAUUUGCUAAAUCUAUUGAAAUGCAGUAUUAAAAUACAUUUUCUGCAGUUACUGUGAAAUGCUUAUUUCUCACUUGUACAUAGUGUAAAGUGCUUUUAUGUCAAGAGAGCCUAUUUUUUCAUUACAAAAAAAUGUUCUGUGAUGCUAUCUUGCAGCAGUUAUUAAUUCUGCUGCUAUUUUUUGUUGUCUAGUUUUGCUGUUAGGUUUUCUACAGUUGUCUAAUAAAUUGUUUUGUUUAUCCGUUA